CUGCUGCUGCUGCUACGGUACUGUUUCUCUGCUUGGCUCCGGGGAACCGGCGGUGGUAAGGGGGCGAGGCGCCCGUGCACCCGCCUGGUGGGGCUGCGAGGAGCUCGUGGCGCGCAAGACUUGCAUGCGUGUGCGUGUGAAUGUGCAGGAGAAGGGGAGGUUUUCUUGGCAGUUGCAGCUUGCCAGUGCCGCAGGUCUGAGACCAAUUUGCAGGAGGAUCUGGGGCUCAGCACCUCCGGUUGAAAGGAGGAUCGCAAAGCGGUGUCAAUGCUCUGGAUGGGUCAGUAACGUUUAGGGGAAGGAUAGUGGCCGGAAAGGUCUUGGGAAGUCCAGAUGCAUUUCUUCGUUUCUCUAGGUAGCACCGGGAAUGCAUCCUGUCUGUCUGUAAUCCUGGAGAGCUGCUGCCAACCUGUGCUCAGCAUCACUGGACUCCUGGUCUGACUUGAUAAGAAUGCAGCUCCCUGUAUUCCUGCAUCAAGCAGAGAACCACUGAACUACCUUGUCUGCCUGCUACCUGCUUUUUAGGAUGCCUGCUUUUAAUUUUAUGGGAAGGGUCGAGUUGGAAAUGAACCCCAGGGUCAUCUAGUCCAACCCCCUGCAAUGCAUCAGACUUCGGAAUAGCAGCUGCUGGAAACAGCAGGAGGGGAGAAAGUGAGUUGUAGGGAGGCGGGCUUCCCUUUAAGGCAUUAUAACCAUAGAGUUGUAGCGCUGGAAGGGACCCGAGGGUCAUCUAGUCCAACCCCCUGCAAUGCAGGAAUCUCCUGUCUGAAAGCCCAGAGAGCUGCUGCCAGCCCGUGUAAGCAGUGCUGAGCUACAUAGACUAAUAGUGUGACUUGGUAUAGCACAGCUUCUAUGUGGCUACACUGCUUUUAGUUUCUAGUGGGGUAUAAACAGUAACUUUUACGGGGCUAUGUUCUUCUAGGAUUCCAUUAAUAUAUUGUUGUGGCUGUGUCAGCUGGGAAAGUACACUAAAUUGUUUGUUUGUUUGUUUGUUUAAAGCAUUUUCCCUGCUCUGCAUCCAAAAGUUUCCCAGAGCAGCUUGUGGAUCAAAUUAACAAACCAGCUGAACAGUCCCCGCCGCCCGGCUAACAAUCUAAAACACAACAUGAAAGGAAAAAGGGAUGGGGAGGGAAGAUGAGUUGUUGUUGUUGUUGUUGUUGUUUGUUGUUGUUGUUGUUGUUUGGAGCAACCAAGAUGGCAAAGUUCAAAACUUCAUCUCUAUAUUCUUACAUCCUUGUCUUUUUGAAUGUCCAUCUCUUUCUCAGGGGAAGCCCUCCUCACCAGCUCUUCUUGUGAAACGCUGCAUUUUGUCGAGAGAUCCCUGUUCUCCACUGCCAAAAAGAAAUGCCCCAGGCUUCCUGUGGGCCUGGAGCACACCUGAGCAGAUUAUAGUCCUUUCGGGGUGGCUUUUCCCGUUAAAUAGACAUUUACCCCCAAGGCCGUCAUGCUGAGUUGAAGAUCCAAAAUGGCGGCUGAGAAGGGAAGAACGGCAAGCGUUGAUCUCCACUUCCAAUCUCUGCUCCAACAGGAGAUCCAGGCCAAGGAGCACCGGGAAGAGAGUAGGCGAGCAGGUCACGAUCCCAAAGCAGCAGUGGAGAUAUCAGGAAGAUCGUCUCACGAAGCCAAGGCUGGGAACGACCAGGAUUUCCUGAAAACGGAGGCCCCGGAACUGGUCAUGGGCGAGUCAGGUGGGAAGCCAUGGAAACAUCCAGAAGACGUGAAAGGAACACGAUUCCCUCACUCAGGGUGGGGAAACCCUCCCUUGCUGGAAUCUCUGCCUCGGGACGAUCCCGAAACUUUCCUGGCCACCUUCGAGGGAGUGGUGAACGCUUGUCAGAGGUCUGGCAGGCUGCCGGGUCUCGGCAGAGAAGCUCCGGGGGACGCCACCAAGAUGGCCGCCGUCAAGAUGGAGGAUGGUUGGGAAGCAACGGAGGAGCUCCUGGGAGACGAUUCGGUCGCCAUGGAUGUGCAGCGGACGCUCUUCCGGGAAUUUCAUUACCAGGAGGCCGAGGGCCCCCGCGAGGCCUGUAGUCACCUCUGGUACCUGUGCCACCGGUGGCUGAAGCCGGAGAGGCACUCCAAGGAGCAGAUCCUGGAGCUGGUGAUCCUGGAGCAGUUCCUGGCCAUCUUGCCCUCGGAGCUUCAGGGCUGGGUCAAAGAUGGCUGCCCUCAGACUUGUGACCAGGCGGUGGCCCUGGCCGAAGGCUUUUUACUGAGACAGCGGGAGGCGGCCAAAACGGAACAGGAGGGUUUGCCGCUGAUCCAGGAGGUGGGUUUGAACUUUCCUGUGGCUGAGCUGCCUCUGACCGUCCCCGAGGAGACGCCACUCGGCUCCACGGCCAAGCAGGAGGGUGGUGUCGAUACCAGCUCACCUAGACGGGGCGGUGAUGCGUGGAUCACCAAGGGCAAAGAGAAGAAGCCCCACGUCAAAAAAACCGACCUGGUCAAACUCUGUGGGGCCUCGUGGGGAGGUCUCUCCUGGCCCCAAGAAGGGGGAGAAGCCUCUGCGGGCAGCGACAGAUCGGAAAAGGGGCGGAAAAACUCCCUUGCAACCAGAGGGGACGUGUUCUCCCCCUGUUUAGGAGAGAGCGGGGAUCGGGGCCAAGCGGUCGUCGUCAAGAGGAGGCGCAGGAGCCGGGGGGAGAAGGUGUGUGGCAUGUGCGGGAGAAGCUUCAGCCGGACCACGGUGCUCGUCGCACACCAGAGGACGCACACGGGCGAGAAGCCGUUCAUGUGCCAGGACUGCGGGAAGUGCUUCAGCUUGAAGUCCACCCUGGUGGCGCACGAGAGGACGCACACGGGCGAGAGGCCCUACAGCUGCUCGCAGUGCGGGAAGAGCUUCACCGUCAGCUCGGACCUGACGCGCCACUACCGCAUCCACGUCGGGGAGAAGCCCUUCAGCUGCCCCGAGUGCGGCAAGAGCUUCAGCCGCAAGACGCAGCUGCUCAACCACCAGAAGGUCCACACGAGGGAGAAGCCCUUCAAGUGCUCGCAGUGCGGAGAGGCCUUCAGCCGCAGCUCCAGCCUCAUGAUCCACGAGGGCUCGCACACGGGCGAGAAGCCCUUCAAGUGCCCCGACUGCGACAAGUCCUUUAACACAUCCUCGCAGCUGGUCAAGCACCACCGCAUCCACACCGGGGAGAGGCCCUACACGUGCUCCGAGUGCGGGAAGAGCUUCAGCCAGCGGCAGAUCCUCAUGGUCCACCAGAGGAUCCACACGGGCGAGAAGCCCUUCAAGUGCGCCACGUGCGGGAAGUGCUUCUGUGACCGGGCCGUCCUCAUCCGGCACCAGAAGGUCCACACGGGGGAGAGGCCGCACCAGUGCGCCACCUGCGGCAAGAGCUUCUCUCACCGCGCCGUCCUCGUCCGGCACCAGAAGAUCCACACGAGAGAAGCUCUGAACGCGCUCGGACUCCGGGAGGAGCCUCCGCCCAGCGAAGCCCUGUAAAGAGCCCAGACUCUGUCCCACGUUGCCUUGAGUCUCAAGGUGGCUACGGUUGACCCCUUAACAAUAUGGUUUGCCGGCAGUCUGGAGUGCCGUUUCCCUCCUGACUUUGGUUGCAUGGCGGCAAGGUUAUUUAUUAGUUGAACUGCAGUGGUGCUGGAGAAUGGUAAACCGUGGCCAGAUGCUACAGGGGACUGGUUUUCUGCAAAAAAACACCCAGAAAUCAUUAUCGGGAAGGAAUGAUUUGCCUGCUUUCACCUUGGAGAAGAUAACCUGCAGUUACUUCUCGACUCUGACAACUGCUGAUGGUGUUGCUAGGAGAAGGGGAUUGGAGAAACCCAGCUGAUUUAAGGCCCCUCUGAACAUCGGGUUGUAGUCAGCCAACUCCUACUCUGAGUAGACCCACUGAAAUUAAUUAACUCGGUUAAUUAACCCUAGUGGCUCUACUCUGAGUAGGACUCAGAGCCUACGCUUGUCCUGCUGAGGUUAAUGGACACAACUAUCUUAGGUUUGCUCAUUUCUAUGCGCUUAGAACGUGGUUGAAUACAGUAGUACCUCGCAAGACGAAUGCCUCGCGCAACGAAAAACUUUCGUUGUUUUUGAUGAUUCGCAAGACGAAGUUUUCUAUGGCCGCGCUUCGCAAGACUUUUUUUUGGCGGUUUUUGUUUUGUUUUGUUUUGCCGUGGCAACCCGCGCUUCACAAGACGAAAUUGUCGCUAGACGAAGCGACUCACAGAACGAAUUAAUUUUGUCUUGCGAGGGACCACUGUACCACCCUGGCAUUUUGUUGUGGGAGUAUACUGUAAAAUUUUCUUUUCACGGUGUAUAAUAACUGGUGGAUGGGCUCCGCUUGAGUUUGCACUGAUAUGAUUCCCCGAUGCUUCCACGUUAUUCCUCUCUGGAGGGGCUACAGCAGAGCGAAACCAGAACGAAAAUAAACCAGAACAUUGUGGUAUGAACAGGGGAUUUCAGCAGGAAAUUACAGGAUACGCAUUGAUGGGAAAUGAAGCAGUGGUCCUCAGUGACCUUUGCAGACACAAUCAAUCUUUAAAGCGGUAUUGUGUGAGGCCUCCCCGAUUGCACAUGGUUCACAAAUUAUCAUGAAUGCACAAGGCGGGCUCUCCGUGUUCAUGUUGUUAAGCUAUGCACUACAGUGAAUUGAAGGAUAUACACAUAAACAUGUGCAGCACAUUUUGUUAGGGUGGGCACACAAAGUUUUUUUUUAAGGUGAACAUUUAUUGAAUACAGACUCCUACUCAGUGAUAAAGGACAUUGUUUUUAUUUAUCAAACAAAUGAAAGAAACGAAACCUUUUUUUUAAAUUAACAACUAAACUUUAAAAUGAGACAUAAACACCAAAUUUUUGCUCUAGUGAUAACCAGGUGUGUACAAAGAUACAGUCAAUGUUCAUGAUCUUUACCUUUAACCAGAUAACGUGCUAAACCAGACCAAAAUGGAUUAAAGCAGGUAUCCCCAAACUGCGGCCCUCCAGAUGUUUUGGUCUACAACUCCCAUGAUCCCUAGCUAACAGGACCAGCGGUCGGGGAAGAUGGGAAUUGUAGUCCAAAACAUCUAGAGGGCCAAUGGGUCUCAUUUUUGCACGUGCACUGGCUAGCAGUCGGACAUAUACUUGAAACGGCCCUCGUUUUCAAAACUUGUUUCUACGUAUUUUGGCUCAUCGCUGUGCCCUUCGUACCACAACCUUGAGCGGGACAUGCCUGCUCCUGCUUUCAAAUUCUGGGGUCCUGCCAUCAGCCUGCUGCUGCAAUAGUUAGCGAAAGGUGCCUAAUAAUAAUUAUAACACUUGGGCCGUUACCCCAUUAGAGAAAUCUUACUCAGUCAUAUUAAUUGCAACCUUCCAAUCGCUGGGAGGGCACCCCAGAGGCUGUGGAAUGCAUCACAUCUCCCACAUCCAAGACAGAGAAUCGUAGACUUGGAAGGGACCCCAGAGGGUCAUCUAGUCCAACCCCCUGCAAUGCAGGAAUCUCAGCUAAAGCGUCCAUGACAGAUGGCCAUCCAACCUCUGCUUAUAAACCUCCAAGGAACGAGAGUCCACCACUGACCGGGGGAGACCGUUCCACUGUCGGAUAGCUCUUGCUGAAGUUCUUUCCUGAUGUUUAGUGGGAAUCUCCUUUCUUGCAACUUGAAGCCAUGGGUUCGAGUCCUGCCCUCCAGAGCAGGAGAAGAAAACAAGCUUGUUCCAUGUGACAGCUCUUGAGAUAUUUGAGUAUGGCUAUCAUAUCUCCAGUCUCCGCUUUUGCAGGCUAAGCAUACCCAGCUCCCUCAACCGUUCCUCAUAAGGGGAAUAAGCUCCCACCUCGGAGAGGGAGAUCCAAUCGCAGGUAGCCCCUCCCCACUGCUGCAGAUACUUCUGCAGCCCUUGCCUUAAUGAUUAUAACAUCUGCUUUGCACACACAAGACUCCACAAAGUCUUCUCCAGCAUCUCCAGCUAGAACUGGGACUGUCCUCUGUCUGAAAUCCUGCUAGUGAGUUUAGAUAGCGCUGAGCUCGAUUCACCAGGAGUUGGGACUCAGUGUAAGCUUCAUGCGCCCUUAUGAUAAGGUCGAAAAGGGGGCAUGCCUGCGGGCGGGCACCCAAGGAAGGCUUGGAUCCGAAAAAUCCUAGCUCAAUCCUAUGUGUGCAUUGAAGUAAGGCCUGUUGGACUCAGUGGGGGCUAACUCCCAGGUGAGGUGGGGUGUUACGGUUGCAGCCUUAGGAGUGCAAACGCCUUCCUGUUUACACACAGGUAAGAACAUAGGGACGCGGGUGGUGGUGUGGGUUAAACCACAGAGCCUCUAGGGCUUGCCGAUCAGAAGGUCGGCGGUUCGAAUCCCUGCAACGGGGUGAGCUUCCAUUGCUCGGUCCCUGCUCCUGCCAACCUAGCAGUUCGGAAGCACGAAGUGCAAGUAGGUGAAUAGGUACCGCUCCGGCGGGAAGGUAAACGGCGUUUCCGUGCGCUGCUCUGCCUUUAAGAACAUAGGAAGGCUGCUGGAUCAGCCCAGAGGCCCCUAGUCCAGAAUCCUGUUCUCACAGGGGCCAGACAGAUUCCCGACGGGAAAUGCUGCGAGCCGGACCCCUGAGCGCAACAGCAACACUCCCUUCUCAUGGUUUCCAGCAUUCAGAAGCAUACUUCCUUCCAUCCCUGGAGGUGGAGCACAGCUGCUGUUGCAAGUAGCCAUUGGUCACCAGUGAUGUCCACACAUGCGCACUCAAUAUGUUUGUAAGGAGAGGGCCAACGAUACAGACCCACCUUACAAGAUUGUUGUGCAGAUUAUUGACAGCGUGUCUGUGAAGGGCCGGACGAUUAAUCAGUGUUACUGUUAUUUUAUAAGACAAAGGUAAUGUUUUAGAUCUGGGGGUCCCCAACCAUAGGCCUGCAAGCAUCAUGGGACAGUCGGGCAGUCCCUCAGGGCACUAACCUCCUCCUCCCAAUGUUAGUUUUUAUGGGUUUUGGCUUUUUUUAACUGGGGGUGUUUAUUGCUUUUUUGUCGUUUGCUUUGGGAAUAUGCUUUGCUCGAAGGGGGACAUUCUGAUGGUAAAUGGGCCUUUUCGUGGCGCCCUCAGCCGUUUCUUCGAUUUGCCAAUGUGCCCCUGGUUCCAAACAGAUGUGUGGCCCUGUGUUUAGAGGCUUCCCUUUUAUUUCCAAAUGAUUUUUUUGUGUCUUCUGGAUCUUCUUUGAAUAAAGGCCUUUGAAUUGU